AUGAGUUCAAGUGCAGCCUCUACUGAACCUAGUGUUGAAUCAACUAAGUCUCAAAGAUUAGAUGCUCCUCUGUGGAAGUAUGUCACUAUUACCAGCGGGUCAGACAAAUCUGGAGGAAAUGUUGCCUUUACAUGCAAUUUUUGUGGAGGGAAGUUAACAGGUUCACAUUCUAGAGUGAAAUCUCAUUUGCUUAGAAUCAAAGGCACUGGGGUAAAGAUCUACCCCACAAUCACUAGAGAUCAAACGGUAGAAUUGCAAGCACUUUUAGAUCAUUGUGACCAGCAGUUGAAUGCAAAAGCUCAACACAAGGUUGCUUUGCCUCCUUCAAGUAUGACCGGAAGUGGUAUAAGUUAUUUUCCGUUAAGAGAGAGGGAGGAUGAAGUCAAGAAGAGAAGAGGGCUGAGUCCACAACUAUCCAAGGCUUUUAGACAAGAAGACAGGAGAGAAUGUGAUGCUUCCGUUGCAAGACUUUUCUAUAGUAGUGGCUUAGCAUUCAAUGUUGCAAGGAAUCCAAACUACCGAGAGUCUUACAGUUUGGCUUCAAAGAUUCCUGGUUAUGUUCCUCCCGGGUACAAUGCUUUGAGAACUACACUUCUUGACAACGAGAAACGUCAUAUUGAACGAACUCUACUACCUAUCAAGAAGACAUGGAAAGAGACCGGUGUGAGUUUGUGUUCCGAUGGGUGGACCGAUGGCCAAAAGAGGCCAUUAAUUAAUAUGAUGGCUGCUGCUAAAGAUGGGGCAAUGAUGCUGAAAGCAAUAAAUUGUGAAGGUGUGACUAAAAGCAAGGAAGAAAUAGGCAGAUUGCUUUUAGAAUCUAUCAAUGAGAUUGGGCCGGAGAAUGUAGUUCAAGUGGUGACCGAUAAUGCACCCGUAUCCGCUGCUGCUGGUGCUAUAGUUGAGAUUACACAUCCACACAUAUUUUGGACACCAUGUGUGGUCCAUACUCUUAACCUUGCUUUAAAGGAUUUGUUGAAGGCAAAAUCUUAUCUUCCUGGUGAGACGGUGGUGGAAGAGUUGGGUUGGCUUAUGGAGGUGUAUAAUGAUGUUUGGUUCAUUAAGAAUUUUGUGGUCAACCAUAACAUGCGUUUAGCUAUGUACCAUGAGCAUUGUGCUUUGAGGUUGCUCCAAGUUGCCCCGACAAGGUUUGCUUCUCAUUUUAUUGUGCUUAAAAGGUUUAGGGAUGUGAAGAGUGGCUUGCAACAAAUGGUGAUUAGUCAAAGAUGGGAUUUGUAUAAAGAAGAUGAUGCUUCUAAAGCAAGAGUAGUCAAGGAAAUGCUAUUGAAGGAGAAGUUUUGGGAGCAAAUUGAUUUCUUGAUUGCACUCAUGGGUCCUAUAUAUGAGAUGAUAAGGAUGUCGGAUAUGGAUAGGCCUUGUCUUCACUUGGUUUAUGAGUGGUGGAAUUCAAUGAUUGAGAAGGUGAAGAAAGCUGUUUUUAACCCUGAAUUUGUGCAUGUCAUAACAGAGCAUUGUGAUGUGACACGGUUUUAUGAUGUGGUGUAUCCUAUCCUUACUGCUCGGUGGACCAAGAGUUGCACACCACUUCAUUGCUUAGCACAUUCCUUGAAUCCAAAGUAUUAUAGCUCUCAAUGGCUUGAAGAAGAUCCUAAUCGGGUUCCUCCACAUAGAGAUGCCGAGCUCAACAAUGAAAGGAGGAGAUGUUUUCAAAAGCUCUUUCCGGAUUCUCAAACUCGUAAUAAGGUGAUGGAAGAAUUUGCAAGGUUUUCAUUGAACAUGGGUGAUUUUUCUUCCUCCGAUGCUUUGGAGAAUAAGUUUUGUUUUGAGCCUUUGACUUGGUGGGUGUCCUAUGGACCUUCUACACCACUUCUCCAAAGUUUGGCUCUCAAGUUGCUUAAUCAACCUUGUUCAUCUUCAUGUUGCGAAAGAAAUUGGAGCACAUAUGCUUUCAUUCAAGGUUUGAAGAGAAACAAAUUGCAACCAAGAAGAGCCCAAGAUUUAGUUUAUGUCCAUACUAAUCUGCGUCUUUUAGCAAGAAAGAGCUCUAGCUAUUACAAAGACAUGGACUCAAUGUGGGAUCUUGGAGGAGAUGACCAUGACUCCAUGGAACAAGGCAAUAUUGAUGUGCUUGAGAUGGCGACUUUGUCGCUCGAUGUGCCGGUCUUGGAGAGGAUGGUAAUUGAUGAUGAGAUGGAGACUUGA